ACGUAGAAGUCCUGGUGGUGUUUGUCGGGCUGUGGCUGCUAGUCCUUCUGCUGCUUUUGGUUUUUUUCUCAGUGCUACGCAGGGCUUCUUCUGGCGGCCCUGAGGGUCCCGAGGGUCGGCCGCCAGGCACAGGUUUCCUAAAAGGAAAAAUGGAGGAAACUCUAAAUCAAAUGCAGCCACUGAAUGAAAAGCAAGUAGCCAAUUCUGAAGAUGGAUAUGUAUGGCAAGUCACUGACAUGAAUAGACUGCAUCGGUUCUUAUGUUUUGGUUCUGAAGGUGGGACUUACUAUAUCAAAGAACAGAAGCUGGGCCUUGAAAAUGCUGAAGCUUUAAUUAGAUUGAUUGAAGAUGGCAAAGGUUAUGAAGUGAUACAGGAAAUAAAGUCAUUUAGUCAAGAAGGCAGAACCAUAAAGCAAGAGCCUUUGCUUUUUGCACUUGCUAUUUGUUCCCAGUGUUCUGACAUAAGCACAAAACAAGCAGCAUUUAAAGCUGUUUCUGAAGUUUGUCGUAUUCCUACACAUCUCUUUACUUUUAUCCAAUUUAAGAAAGAUCUGAAGGAAAGCAUGAAAUGUGGUAUGUGGGGUCGUGCUCUCCGGAAGGCUAUUGCAGACUGGUACAAUGAAAAAGGAGGCAUGGCCCUUGCUCUAGCAGUUACAAAAUAUAAACAAAGAAAUGGCUGGUCUCACAAAGAUCUGUUAAGACUAUCACAUCUUAAGCCUUCCAGUGAAGGACUUGCCAUUGUGACCAAAUAUAUUACAAAGGGCUGGAAGGAAGUCCAUGAAUUGUAUAAAGAAAAAGCACUUACUGUGGAAACUGAAAAAUUAUUAAAGUAUCUGGAGGCUGUAGAGAAAGUGAAGCGCACAAAAGAUGAACUGGAAGUCAUUCAUCUAAUAGAAGAACAUAGAUUAGUUAGGGAACAUCUUCUAACAAAUCACUUAAAAUCUAAAGAGGUAUGGAAGGCUUUGUUACAAGAAAUGCCUCUUACUGCAUUGCUAAGGAAUCUAGGAAAGAUGACUGCUAAUUCAGUGCUUGAACCAGGAAAUUCAGAAGUAUCUUUAGUAUGUGAAAAACUAUGUAAUGAAAAACUGUUGAAAAAGGCUCGAAUACAUCCAUUUCAUGUUUUAGUUGCACUAGAAACUUAUAAAACAGGUCAUGGACUCAGAGGAAAACUGAAGUGGCGCCCUGAUGAAGAAAUAUUAAAAGCAUUAGAUGCUGCUUUUUAUAAGACAUUUAAGGUUAGUAUACUCAAUGCUAGUACUGUUGCUGCAGCAAUGUGCAUGGUUGUUACACGAACAGAAAAGGAUUCUUCUAUAGUUGCUUUUUCACAUGAAAUGGUACCAUGCCCCAUGACUACAGAUAUGACCUUACAACAGGUUUUAAUAGCUAUGAAUCAGAUCCCAGCAGGUGGAACAGAUUGCUCUCUUCCAAUAAUUUGGGCUCAGAAGACAAACACAGCUGCUGAUGUCUUCAUUGUAUUCACUGAUAAUGAGACCUUUGCUGGAAGCAUCCAUCCUGCUAUUGCUCUAAAGGAGUAUCGAAAGAAAAUGAAUAUUCCAGCUAAACUCAUUGUUUGUGGAAUGACAUCAAAUGGUUUUACCAUUGCAGACCCAGAUGAUAGAGGCAUGUUGGAUAUGUGCGGCUUUGAUACCGGAGCCCUGGAUGUAAUUCGAAAUUUCACAUUAGAUGUGAUUUAACUAUAAACACCAUCAUGACCUAAGAGGUCCAUUGCUAUCGCUGAAAAUAUGCAGCUACUUCCCACCUAAUCUCAAUCCAGUGAACGAUGAUAGUGCAGUGUGUGCAUAAUUGAAAGUAACUUUACCAAAAAAAAAAAAAAAUUAAAAACUAGGAAGAAGGAAAAAUAAAGAUGAGCCCAAAGUUCUAUCUACUAAACUAGCUCUUGGGAAAUAGCUUCAGGAUAUUACAGCUUCCUCUCUCUCAUAGAGAACUUUUUGUUAAUAGAUACUAUAAAAUAGUCGAACAGUUUUGCUCUGGUCAAUGAUACAUUUGUACUUCAAAAAGGUGAUAUCCAAAAGUAAGCAGUUCCACAUCAUGUUACUUAUUUGAGAAGUGCUUAAUGUUUUCUUAAAUGUUUUCAUUGGAAAAGGACAGCUUUGAUAAUACCCAGAUACUCUGAAAUGCACUAGACCAUAUAACUGUGAAGGAAUAUGAAACUCAUCUGUAAACUUUUAUAUAUAUGGGAUAAAAAAACCUAAGACACAUGAUUAAAUUAUGAGUGAGUUUUAAAAUUUCCUUUCAGAGUUUUCUAAGAUCAUAUAAAUAACAGCUUUCUUAUUCAAUGAAACAGAUAUUUUAUUCUUGAUGUUUUAUAGUUGUAGAAUCUGUUACCAUUAAGAAGAAACAUAAUGGAAAACCCUAAGAAUGUUAUAGGGCCUGAAGAGACUAAAAUUUGUUGGGUGUGGAAUUGGUUUUCUUUGUUUAUUGUGUUUUAUUGCUCUGAAUGAAGGCUGUAACUUGACAGUGAUUUCCUCUAAAUAACAACAUAGCCUCAUGUUGUCACAUUUUUGGUUUUCAUACUCACAAAAGGAAAUAACAUUUCAAGAACUUGAGUUCCCUAUUCAUAAUCUUAACAGUAUAAUAAUUAGAAUCUCAACUGCCUUUGUGACAGAACAUUCUUUUUUGAUAGGGCAAGCCAUGUCUUUCAGGUUUGAAAAGCAGUUUUUGAGUAGCAUAUUUUGAACUAACCAGUCUGUAGGAAAUUGCUAUUUUUAUCUUUUGUUUAUGUGCAUUAAACUUUCUUUACAUUACACUAACAUAUGCAUUAUUUUCUUGAACAAGUAUCCCCAUCUUCAUUAGGAAGUUUAACAUUAAAGCAAUCUGUUGAAAUGUUAGUAUCUAUUCUCAUAAUUCUAUAAAGGUUGUCUAAGAUAGCUGUUACAUGUAAAACUUGCAUUUUUAUGCAUUGUUCUUUAAAUAUUAAAUAAAGAUUUUUUUAGGGUUCUUAAAGCUCUUAUGAUAAAUGUAAAACAAUAGUAAACAUAAAUUAUAACCACCUAUGUGCUUGGGAAUUAGAGAUUUUAUGUUUUGGAGGCAAGGUGACUUUAAUAGUGUGAGGAUUUGAAUAUGUAUUUCUUCUAUUUUCAUAGUAGUUUGGGGCUUUGGGAACAAUAAGAAAAUGUUCUUUUCAAAUGUAUUUGGCAUAUUAAUGGUGGCUUUGAUAUUUAGCUAUUCCUGCAAGACAACUAAUAGCAGUUUUUAAAACUAGUAACAGUUAUUUACGUAAGAGAUUUUUGGUCCACAAAGCUAGUUGUAUCUCCCACUCCAGAUACACAUUGUUUCUGAUGUUUUUCUGGUUUUAACCCUCUAUCUAGCAUGGAAUGGAUUUAACAGCCACUUUUGAUACAGUAUUAUGUUUAGAUCAAAUUUGAAGAACCCAAGAUCUUCAAAAAUUAAAAAUUAUAAUAUGAUUUUUUAUUCCUAAUAGAACUGUUAAAUAGAAUAUGUUUACUUAACUUCAGUUAUGUGCUAUUUAGAUAGAGCGAGCUUUCAUACAAAUAUAGGAGCUAAUUUUAAACCCAUCAGAAAAAUGUAUUAGAGGAGACUUUUUGAAGUAUUUAGAUAGGUCUAAUUAAAUGAAUUAGAGUAAGAUUUAAGAAUGACAAAUAUGAAAGGAAAACUGAAAGAAGCCACCAGAGAACAUAAUUUUACUUUCAAAUUAUGACACUUUAGAGCUUGAAGGAUACCUUAGAAACUUAAAAACUAACUUUUGAAUUUCAUCUGGAGACCCAAGGUUCAAAACAGAAUGCUAUUUGAUUCUCUUAACACUAUACGUGAUCUACAAAUCUUGGUCUCUUCAUUCCCGUUACACUUUUCACUCCCCACAUCGUGGGAACACAUUCACUUAGAAGAAUAGAAUUAUUCUCAGAAAAUAGAAUUAUUGAAAACUUUUAAGGAAAUGUAUAUACAUGAUUGCUUUAAGAGUAGAAAAACAGAUGUAAACAUUAUCAUUUUUAAUUCAUAGUAAUCCUCAAGCACAAUUAUUGUUUUAAUAAGCUAUGUUGCUAUAUAACAGUCCUAUAGAAAAAAGUAAAAGACUUUACCUCAUUAUAAAUAGAAUGUACUUGAGUGAUAAACAAGCUUUAUUUUCUGAAUUACUUCUAGGAUUACUGUUACAUUAAUAUUGGGGAAAAUACUGCUUUUAAAAACAGUCCUGGGCUGGGGAUACAACUCAGUUGUUAGAGUCCUAGGUAAUGACAUAUUUCCAAGAUAUAGUUGUAAUUAGUACAAUAAAAAAUGAAUUUACAGUCUCACCUUUUCUUAUUAGUUGAAAUUCUUUGGAAACUAUUUAUUAAAACAUUAGCUAAAUAACUAUUUUAAGAGAAUGUUAGUGUGGCCAUAAGGUUGUGAAUGAAAUUUAGUGUUGCCCCAUUGGAACCUCUUUUGCUUUCUCACUUUUUUUUUUUUUUAAGAGAGAGAACUUUUUUUUUUUUUUAAUAUUUAUUUUUGGUUUUCGGCGGACACAACAUCUUUGUAUGUGGUGCUGAGGAUCGAACCCAGGUCGCACGCAUGCCAGGCAAGCGCGCUACCACUUGAGCCACAUCGCCAGCCCCUGCUUUCUCACUUAACUGUGUGGUUGUGACUCAACCUGUUCUGUUCUUGCAGUUUUCAUAAAGUAACAUUUGAUGCUUGGGUAGUGGAAGAAUUAGUGAUUUAUUAUUGAAAAAUUAAAAGGCUCACGAUACUAGUUAGAACUUUUUUAAUUAAAAAUAUUCUUGUUAAUAGAUACGAGUUUUGAAGGAUUAAAAUGUUUUAGAAAACUAGUUCAUUAGGCCAAGUAAUUUUUUUAAACAUUGCUGUUCAGAAUGGAAAAAUGCAGAAGAAAGAUUUUCACAGAUAAUAUAUUGACUAAAAAUUCACAACACUCUGAUAAAGAAGGAAGAAAUAUAUUCUAACACUAACAGCCUCUUGGAUAGAUGAAAAAACUAUAUCUAAGGGGAUAAUAUAACACAUUUGCAUGAGCUUUUAAAAUGAUAAGUCUAAAAAUGAUGAAAUACUAUUUAUUGGGUUCUUUUUUUCCCCUACAUUUUGCAAAAAUACAUGUAUAAGUUUUGGAAAGAUAAGGCAGAAUUACUGAUUAAAUUUGAGGGUCUGACAACAUAAACUGAAGUUUAAAAGCUGAAGUCUAGUCUUAAUACCACAGGUUGGGGUGAUUUAAGGUACUGUCAUAUACCCUCAAUAUAAACAUGCACAAGAAAGACUAAGAAAAUGUUAAGCUAUGAAAUUACUAUAUAUUGUAUGGAUUUCACUUAGUGUUUGCCCGAUGUCUUCACCUUUAUCUUAUUUAAUGAAAAUUCCUUUUAUACCUCCCCCCCCUUUUAAAAUUCCUUUCUUCUAACAUUUUCACCAUCUUUUUUUCUAGUCUUAUCUACCUAGGUAAUUAAAUGACAGGAAAGUCAACCAAAUUUAAGAGAGAUGAAUGUCUUUUAGACUGCUUUUUGUUUCAUACAGAUUUAAGGUCAUAUUUUUUUUCAAAUUUAUAAUGACAGGUCUCUUAGAGCAAUAACCAGAUUGGUAUGUUCUCUCUCCAAAUCAAGUUAUAUAAUAAAAAAUGUAUUAGAUGUUUCCAGAAAUUGUGUGGUCUUUCACUAAUAUCAGUGAUUGACCCUUCAUUUGUAUUUGUAGAUGUACCUACCUGUGUUGAAAGGAACUGCUCUAGUGUACAAGCACUCGUCAGAAAAUAGUUAACUACUCUAGCCAAGUGUAGUGGCACACACCUAAAAUUCCAGUGACUUGGGAUGCUGAGAGGGGGAUCAAAAGUUCUAAGCCAGCCUUAGCAACUAGGAAAAUUCCCUGUUACUCUAAACUUGGCAAGACCCUAUCUCAAACAAAAAGAGCUGGUAAUAUAGCUUGGUGGUACAGUGCCCUGGGUUCAAUACUUGGUACCAAAACAGAAAAAUAACUAACUAGUCUUUAAUAAAAUACCAUAUCUCAUGUUCAUAUUAAGUAUUUCACUGAGUAAACUCCCUCAUCCCUCGCCACAAACACAGCUUACAGCAUAAAAAGCCUUGUAUAUAACCUGUAUUGGAAUUAAAUGCUUUUUAAUUGGUAAAUUUUUAUUUGCUUUUCUGAAAAAUUAUGGAAUUUACUUUAAAAAGUUAAUUCUAAGAUAAUAUUUUUAUGUAGAAAACUAAUGUAGCUAAUCAUACUUUUUGAAUAAAGUUAUAAUAAAUGGCACAUUUUCCUAAUCCCUGAAAAUACCAAGGUAUACAGGAAAGUGAUAGAAAAGUGAAUAUAUUAUAGGAUUCUGUUACUGAAAUUAAGGUGAAUAAAAAUCCACAAAAGGUU